CAACUCCACGUGUGAAUUAUUCUUACUCUUUCCGGCUGUGGAUUUAUAUGCAGCAUAGGUUAUCUUCGUAGGCAUCAAGAUGGGUGCCUACAAGUACGUACAGGAGUUGUACCGCAAGAAACAGAGCGAUGUGUUGAGGUUCUUGCUGCGUAUCCGAGUGUGGCAGUAUCGUCAGAUGACCAAGAUGCACCGAGCACCUCGCUCAACACGACCUGACAAAGCGAGGAGACUCGGCUACAGGAAUAAGGAAGGGUUCUGCAUCUUCCGUAUUCGAGUUCGCCGUGGAGGCCGCAAGCGCCCUGUGCCCAAGGGAGCCACCUACGGCAAGCCUAAGAGCCACGGAGUUAAUCAGCUGAAACCCGUGCGAAACCUCCAGUCUGUAGCCGAGGAGCGAGUGGGUCGCCGCUGCGGUGGCUUGAGAGUUCUCAACUCUUACUGGGUGGCUCAAGACUCUACGUACAAAUACUACGAAGUGAUCUGCGUUGACCCAUCACACAAGGCCAUCCGGCGAGACGCGAAGGUGAACUGGAUCGUGAACGCAGUUCACAAACACCGUGAGAUGAGAGGCAAGACCUCGGCUGGUAGAAAGUCCCGAGGUCUGGGCAAGGGCCACCGCUUCUCCCAGACCAAGGGAGGCUCCCGUCGCGCUGCCUGGAAGAGGAGGAACACGCUACAGCUGCGCAGGAAGCGUUGAUGUUAGCGUUUUACUUAUUAAACUUUACUUUAAACCCAG